AUGGAGCAGAAACUAAAGCUGCUAGUAUGUGGCGACGUACGUGGGAAACUGAAGGCGUUUUUCGCGCGCAUUGAGAACGUAAACAAGAAGAGCGGACCGUUCGAUUUGGUGCUGUGCGUUGGUGAUUUUUUCGGUUCCAAUCCUGAAGUGGAAGUACUACAGGAGUACAAAAGGAAUGUAAAGACAGUUGCUGCACCGGUUUACAUACUUGGCCCGACUCGCAAGGAACUCGCACAGUACUAUGCAGACACCGAUGAUGGAGAUAUAUGCACAAAUCUUAGCUACCUGGGGAAGCGAGGCGUUUAUACAACUUCCGGUGGUCUUAAAAUUGCUUACCUCAGUGGCAUUGCAAGCCCGGAGGAAUCGACCGAACGCAAUGAGUGGAGUUACGACAAAGCUGACGCGAUUGCUGUGCGUGACUCGUGUUUAGCCAGCAAGGGUAACAUGGGAGAUUUUAGAGGCAUUGACAUACUGCUAACGUCACAGUGGCCCUUUGGUAUGCAGGAGAAUGUAAAGGACUGUUCCAAGUUGGUUUCAUGGCUGGCAAAUGCCGUAAAGCCAAGGUACCACUUCUGUGGGUUAAAUGAUGAAUUUUACGAAUCCCCACCAUACCGAAAUUUACCGGACAAAAGCACACAGAUGGAGCUGGCUACUCGUUUCGUUGGAUUGGCUAGCUUCGGAAAUCCGGAAAAGAAGAAACACAUUUACGCCUUAAGCAUAACGCCGGUGGAAAAGAUGCGUGUGCUGGAAUUGAUACAGAAAACCACCGAUGAAAUUCCUUCCCCUUACACAGGGUUAUCGCUGCUUACAGAAAGUCAAGGUGCCGCAGUUGACAAGAAAGACGAUCAAUACUUCUACGAUAUGAACACGUAUGAUGAUAAUCGGCGAAACAAGCGCAGAAGCAACGAACCCAACCAGGGCCAGAAGCGUGCCAGACCAACGUUCGAUCAGGAGACGUGUUGGUUUUGUCUGUCUGCCGGUAGCAUCGAGAAGCACUUGAUCAUAUCGGUGGGGGAUUAUUUUUAUCUAGCCCUAGCGAAGGGACCCAUCACCGAAACGCACAUCCUGAUCCUCUCCAUCACACACAUCCAGUGCGCGGCGCUGCUGUCCGAGGCUCAGUGGGCCGAGCUGGUACGCUUCAAACAAGCGCUCGCACAGUUUUACACCGACCGGGAUCAGAAAGUGUUCUUCUACGAGCGCAACUUCAAAACGGGCCACCUGCAAAUCAACGCCAUCGGUAUCGAUGAGAACGUAGCGUGGAAGAUACAGCACGUGCUGGAGGAUAAGGGUGAAGAGUUUAGUGUUCAGCUGGAAAAGGUACCGACGCUGAGCGGGCCGAGUGAUCUGCCAGAACGGGGACCCUACUUCGUGGCGGAACUUCCCGACGGGACGGUCAUGUUGACGCGACAAAUGAAAGGGUUUCCGUUGCACUUUGGACGGGAGGUUAUCUGUGCGGAUAAUUUGCUAAACUGUGAAGAAAAAGCCGACUGGCGGCAGUGCAACUGCACGAAGGAGGAAGAGGACGAAAUGGUGAAAAACUUCCGCGAAAGUUUCAAACCGUACGAUUUUACAGUUUAA